AUGCUAGCUACUGGUCUCAAACAGGGAUUUCAUUGCUUACCUUGUAGAUUUAAAGAAUUUACUUCUGUUCAUAUCAAUAGGGAAUUUAAGCUUUGGCAUUUAGCCCCACAAAGACAGGUCCCCUAUUAUUUGAGAAAUUUUCAAGUUGCUGACGCAGUUUGGCCUGCUGUUCAUCAAGCAGCCAUGCAAUGGCAAGCCAUUAAGUGUAGGCAAGAAGUUGUUCCUAUCAAGUUGCACGAUCAUGAUAUAAAGGCUUUGAGCAGUUGUAGUGCAAGCACGAGUGAUAUUAUCAGCACCACAGAGAGGCUCAAAGAGGAACUCGAAAUCACCACUCAGAGACAAGACGUUGUCUCCUGCUUCCUUCACGAUUAUCAGCUCUUUAACCAAGAGAUCAAUGCUCUUAGGGAUGAGGACCUCAAUGAUAACUUCUUCAAGGCUCUUUCCCAUGUGCAACAAAUCAACGCCAACUACAAGGUCCUGCUACGUACACACCAUCAGCGUGCUGGUUUGGAGCUCAUGGAUAUGAUGACUGUCUACCAAGAAGGAGCCUAUGAGGACCUUUGCAGGUAA